AUGGCUCUCAUCCCCUCCCAGGUCCUGAGGGUUGCUAUCUUGCUCUCCUACCUCUCCAUCCUCUGCAAUUUCAAAGCCCUCGACAUCCCAGCUCACCAAACAUAUGGAGGCAGCUGGAAAUUCCUAACAUUCAUAGACCUGGUGAUACAGACGGUGUUCUUUGGGAUCUGUGUCCUGACAGACCUCUCGAGUCUCCUUACUCAAGGCACUGACGACCGAGAGCAGCAGAGACAGCUCAGGAAACUCAUCUUUCUUCGAGAUUGGCUAAUGGCUGUGCUGGCAUUCCCUGUGGGUGUGAUGGUGGUGGCAAUGUUCUGGGCAUUGUACCUAUAUGAUCGAGAGCUGGUUUAUCCAAAAAUCCUGGACAGUUUUAUACCACCGUGGAUUAACCAUGGAAUGCACACUACAGUCCUCCCUUUCAUUCUAAUUGAAAUGAGGACAACACAUUAUCAUUAUCCCAACAGGAAGUCAGGCCAGGCUGCAGUUAGCAUCUUUUCGACUGGAUAUAUUUUAUGGAUUUGCUGGAUCCAUCACGUCACAGGAAUGUGGGUCUAUCCAUUUCUCGACCACCUCUCUAACAUCCUCAAGACUGUUGUCUUUGUUGCAUCGUUGGUUGUGAUUAACGUACUAUACGUGGUGGGCGAGAUGUUAAACAGUUUCAUCUGGGACGAGUCAAGAUGUAUAGAAGAAAAGGUUGACAGCAAGAACAAAAUGGAUUGACACAAGGUAGAAGAGAUUACAACGUGAAAUUGCG